AUGGGCGAAGCAUCUUUAUCUCCUGUGUACACAGAGGACUCCGUCCUCAGUCGGAAACAAAGCUUCAAGCCGUCCUUUACCGAUAUUACACUUCAAACAUGUCGCAGAACUAAGAGCCUCCUCGACGAAGACCAACAGAUUUUUUUGGACGGUCAAUCUUUAGACUUGGGUGCUGUUGUAGCCGUUGCUCGGCAUGGCUGCAAAGUGGCUAUCACUACAAAUCCGGAGGUACUACGCUCCCUGGAAGAAAGCGUGAAUCUUCUGAAUCAAAAGCUCACCCGGGGUGAAAUUGUUUAUGGUGUCAAUACCGGCUUCGGGGGUAGUGCUGAUAGCCGAACGAACAACUAUACUGCCCUUCAAAAGGCGCUAAUCCAACACCAGAGCUCAGCAGUACUACUCCCCACUGACAGAGGACGAGACAGCUCUCACCUCGUGAGCCUUCACACUCUGAAAAGCCAUAGCAUCCCUAUACCCGUGGUCAGAGCUGCGAUGCUUGUCAGAUGCAAUUCCUUGCUACGCGGUCACUCGGCUGUUCGGCCACAGGUAAUCGAGUAUAUACUUGCUUUCCUGUGCAAAUUCAUGACCCCAGUGGUUCCCCUCAGAGGGACUAUCUCAGCUUCCGGAGAUCUCAUGCCGCUUUCAUACAUUGCUGGAGCACUGGAAGGCAACCCGGAUAUCUCGAUCCACAAGGAAAAUGGAGAAAUAAUAGGGGCUGAUCAAGCUCUUAGUGAGCUGGGACUGGAGCCCCUCGAGUUUGGUCCUAAAGAAGGGCUAGGACUAUUAAACGGCACAGCAUUCAGCUGUGGCGCAGCAAGCUUGGUCAUGUUUGAAGCCAAACAGCUAGUCCUUCUGUCCCAGCUUUUAACAGCCAUGGGAACCGAAGCAAUGAAAGGCAUGAUUUGCAACUACCAUCCGUUCAUUGCAGCGGUUCGCCCCCACGAUGGUCAGAUUGAGGCAGCAGACAAUAUAUUUAAUUUCCUUUACGACUCAAAACUGGCCACCCCCGAGGGGCCCGCACACGAUGGGUUGGCUCAGGAUCGUUACGCUCUACGAACAGCUACGCAGUGGGUUGGCCCAAAUAUUGAAAAUAUGGCUUUGGCCUUCGAUCAGAUCCGGGCUGAACUAAAUUCGACAACGGAUAAUCCACUCAUUAACCCGGCCGACGGCAACAUACACCACGGUGGUAAUUUCCAGGCUACGGCGAUCACCUCAUCCAUGGAAAAAACAUUGAGUGCGAUGCAAAUGAUAGGGAGAAUGAUCUUUUCUCAGUGCUCGGAGCUGAUAAAUCCAGCCUUGAGUAAUGGAUUGCCUCCGAAUUUGAGCAUGGACGACCCGAGUCUUUCAUUCGCGUUCAAGGGCAUAGAUAUCAACAUGGCUUCUUAUACAUCGGAGCUGGGAUAUCUGAACCACCCUAUCAGCAAUCACGUCCAGUCAGCUGAGAUGCAUAACCAAGGGAUCAAUUCCCUGGCAUUCAUCAGCUGUCGUUAUGCUGGUGAUGCUGUCGAAGUGCUAUCGCUCAUGCUGGCAAAUUAUCUAUACGUCCUGUGCCAAGCUGUGGACCAACGUGUGCUCCAAGCAGAAUUUAUUAAAGAUGUGCGCCCCAGAAUCGAAAACAUAACGAGCAGUCUUUUCCCAUUGGUCGCUCCUGCGCACCUCGAAAAAAUCCAAACAACCGUUUGGGGGGAGCUCAUGCAUCACUGGGACCGGAGCAGCACGAAAGAUCUGCGCGACCGCUCUCUGACGGCAGCAAAUUGCUCAGUUGGUAUCCUUCUUGAUCAAUUCUCAGAUACUGGCAUAUCGCAAGACACGGCCGUUUCGCAGUGGAAGAGUAGUGUGGCCAAUACCUUGCAGCAGAGCUACGAAGCCGCGCGGACCACAUUCCUAGCUAACCCCCCAACAAAAGAAUACCUCUGCAGUACCUCUCAGAAACUGUACACUUUUGUCCGCGAUGAGCUGAAGGUGCCAACACACAGAGGCAUCGAGGCCCACCCAACAUAUAACAGGGAAAAGUCUCAUGGAAAAGAGUGUAUCGGCUCCCAAGUGAGCAAGGUUUACAUAGCGCUGCGCGAAGGGAAAUUUGGGGAAAUUUUGACAAGCUGCUGGUAG